AUGGCGGGAGUUGCGGCAUGGCUUCCCUUUGCCCGGGCGGCAGCAAUAGGGUGGAUGCCUGUUGCCAAUUUGCCCAUGCCAGUGGCGCCCACUGAGAAGAACAAGCGACAGGAUGAGCAAAUCAUUCUUAAUGUCAGUGGACGGCGCUUCCAAACCUGGAGGAACACGUUGGACCGCUAUCCAGACACCCUUCUGGGGAGCUCAGAGAAGGAGUUCUUCUACAAUGAGGAGACCAAAGAGUACUUCUUUGACCGGGACCCUGACGUUUUCCGCAGCGUGCUUAACUUCUACCGCACAGGCAAGCUCCACUACCCGCGCUACGAGUGCAUCUCCUCCUAUGAUGAGGAACUGGCUUUCUUUGGCAUCAUCCCAGAAAUCAUUGGUGACUGCUGCUAUGAAGAGUACAAGGAUAGGAAGAGGGAGAAUGCAGAGCGUCUGAUGGAUGACCAGGAGGACAACAAGGACGCUAAACUGCCCAACAUGACCUUCAGGGAGACCAUGUGGCGGGCUUUUGAGAACCCCCACACUUCCACCAUGGCCCUUGUCUUCUACUACGUCACUGGCUUCUUCAUUGCUAUCUCCGUCAUCACCAAUGUGGUGGAGACGGUGCCCUGCGGCACGGUGCCCAACCAGAAGGAAGUGCCAUGUGGUGAGCGCUACACCGUGGCCUUUUUCUGCAUGGACACGGCCUGUGUCAUGAUCUUCACCGUGGAGUACCUGAUGCGCUUGUUUGCUGCACCCAGCCGCUACCGCUUCAUGAGGUCUGUCAUGAGCAUCAUCGAUGUGGUGGCCAUCUUGCCCUACUACAUUGGCCUGGUGAUGACUGACAACGAGGACGUGAGUGGCGCUUUUGUGACACUCCGUGUUUUCCGGGUGUUCCGUAUCUUUAAGUUCUCCCGUCACUCGCAGGGCCUGCGCAUCCUGGGCUACACGCUGAAGAGCUGUGCCUCAGAGCUGGGCUUCCUACUCUUCUCCCUCACUAUGGCCAUAAUUAUCUUUGCUACUGUCAUGUUCUACGCAGAGAAGGGUUCAAGCUCCAGCAAAUUCACCAGCAUCCCAGCCUCCUUCUGGUACACCAUCGUUACUAUGACAACGCUCGGGUACGGAGACAUGGUUCCUAAGACGAUUGCAGGGAAGAUCUUUGGCUCAAUCUGCUCCCUGAGUGGGGUGCUGGUAAUUGCCCUGCCCGUCCCUGUCAUCGUGUCCAACUUUAGCCGCAUCUAUCACCAGAACCAGAGAGCAGACAAGCGACGGGCGCAGAAGGUACAGAAAGCCCGCUUGGCCAGGAUACGAAUAUCCAAGACAGGAAGCUCCAAUGCCUUCCUCCACAGCAAGCGCAAUGGCCUGUUCAACGACGCUCUGGAGUUCACGCAACAUCCAUACAAGAUGAACCUUUCAGAUCAGAGUUCCACUGAAGAAGAGCAGCGGUUAAGCAAGUCUACUUCUCUAUUAGAGAGCCAGCACCAGCACCUGCUGCACUGUCUGGAGAAAACCACUAACCACGAGUUCGUGGACGAGCAGUAUUACCAGCAGAGCUACCUGGAGGCGGGGCUGCAGAAUUACCCGUCUCGAAGCCCCUCCCUCUCCAGCCAAGGCGGCGUGACGGGCACAUGCUGCACCCGCCGAAGCAAGAAGAACCACACCCCUUUAGCGAAUGCCAGUGCCCCCGCACACAUGCAGCCUUUGACACAUACGCACACGCACCAACAGGUCCUUCAGGAGCUCAGCACCAUUCACAUCCAGCCCCUCAGCACCAGCCGCUCCAGUCUGAACAUGCGCGUAGAUGAGCCAGGAUCCCUGAACUGCCAGAGCAGCCAGAUCACCACAGCAAUCAUCAGCAUUCCCACACCACCGGUGACAACUCCCGAUGGCGAUGCUCAUCUUCCCGCAGGCCCCACCCACCAGAACGUUGUGAAGGUGUCCGCACUGUGAAGACUUAAGUGCAGGCGCGUCACACAGAAAGACAGAUAAAGACUCAUCGAGACAGACUGAGGGACAGAGGAGGACAGGGAUUAACGGAGGAGAAGGAAUUCAGAGUCCUAGUCUGGCCGUGGUGGAGCCUGCCCUCUGCUGGUCAUGUACUGUAAUGACAUGGACUCCCUGUUCAGACGGAGGAUGGCUUUUAGACACAGUAUACUCAUGUUAGUGGUUGACAUGUAUGUGUGUGUGUAUGUGAGUGUGUGUGUGGAGGUGAAAGAGUUGGGGAAUGUGUUUAGGGAGACGUUUCAGAUGAUGAGGUGAGUGAGAGUGUGCCUCCCAAAUGUCGGAGAUGAGUUCCCAGAGUAAGUCAUGUGUCACUGUGCACAAUGCUCCUUUUUUUUUUCGCUUCAAUUUGACUUUUCUUUUUUUUUUUAAGUAGGAGAUUAAGGGAAAAGGAAGAAAACUCAGAAAAAAAAGGGUUAGGGUUAACAAAACAUUUUUUCCACUUAACCCUGCCGUUUUGUUUUCGUGUCAUUUCGGUCAACUCACCUGUUGAAAGCUGAAUAUCGCGCCAUUUCUUUUCCAGGUCCAAUAUUAUUCCUCUUGAGUGAAAAUUCUUUAAAGAUGAAAUAUGGUAGGUGUGUCUGUGAUGGCGUUACCAAUGAGUUUCAUAUUUGUGAAUGAAUGUAUGUGAAUUUUUGCUAGAUAGAGGAAUUGUGACGUUUUUGAAUAGGAGGUAUCUGCCUGUGUAUGUGUGCGUGUGAGAGAGAGAGUGUAUUUGUCUCAGUUGAUUGAAAACUUUUUCUGGAAGUCUCUAUGGCUCAGUAUAUGGUAUAUUUGACUAGCUGCCACUCUGAAGGGUUCACGGUACACAUUUCUGUCCGAAAUUCUCAGCUUCAAGCCUUUUACACAAUAUGUGCCUGUUUUGCUAGAGUCAAAAGAGAUUUAUUUGUUUUUAUAGUUUUCUGAAUCCCAAACCAGCCCUCGUUCUUUUCCCUUUUGGCUGUUACAGCCCGAUAGAACUCAAAUAACUAAAUUCUGUAACAAAGAAAACAAAAAAAAAACAAAAAAAGGAAGUACAUUUUGAAUUUAAACCACCCACCACAGUUAAAAGCACAAGGUGUUUGCUGAGAAUUUCUGACACAUAUCUGUCCUGAGCCCGGGUUCUUUGUGAAUAUUGUUAAUAGAAUAUUUUGUAAUAUUUGACCAUCGUUUGGCAGAACCAGUGAAGCUGUCUUCUUGUUCUCCCUCUCUCUCUCAGUCUGUCUUCUCUCUCUCUCUCUCUCUUUCUCUCUUUCUCUCUCUUUCUCUCUCUCUCUCGUUGUUGUCCCGUUGUAUCCCUACCUCCUGUGUGAACAGUAUGCUUUCAGUAGUCUUUAUAGCUGUCAACGUUUUUUCUUCCCCCAAACUCAGUGGGUAUUUUUUUCAGAGUUGUUGAGUAUGUGUACUGUAUGUGGUUAGGAAAUGUGGUGUUUGUACUUUUUGUCCUCCUCGGUGUUUCAAAGGAUUUUCUUUACUUUAUCUUCUGGAGAACUUAUAGCAGGGAAGUUUGUUGUAACGGUGAUGCAGAGACAUGGAGGACACAGGGUGAGCUCUGUCACCAAAAACAUGUGCAAUUCUGUCCGUUCUCUCAACUCACAGCCCCAACAUGCAACAUUAAUAUUACUUAUCAUCAAAUCUCAUCAAAGUUGACCUUUGUAACUAUGGACAGUGACCUUUUAGCUGUGCUAACCUUCAAACGAAUGCUUCUCUGUUGGCCUUUUUCAUCUUGAAUGUCGGUCUAACAGCUAUACAGACAGUUAGGUCUGUUAUUUAGGUGGAUGAAACCACUGCUGGGGUUUCACCAAAGCAGGGCAGAGCAGCUUCAGUCACAACAGAAUACUUAUGCUCCGCAUAGAUGAAAUAAAAUGUUGAUCAAGAGCACACAGACAGGGCUAGAGAUGCACCAAUAUAUAGCGUACUGUCCAUGUCAGCCAAGAGCAUAUUUCAAAAGCAAUACAGGAAUUGGUUUAAUACUAUGUCUGCCCAUAUGUAGCUGAUGUGAAACUGUUUUUUUUCCUGUUGAAGUAGACUGUAUUUAAACAACUGUUAAACUAGCAGCAAAAUGUAUCAUGGUCUUUUAGAAAAGUAUUUAAUUACCUUAAGAUGGAGACGUCUGAAAAGCUUAACCAGUUUUACACAUGUAUUUGUACUAAGACUUACAAAAAAACCCACAUAUCAUUAUCAUCAUCAUAUCAGCCAAUAAGGGUGAAAAUAUAAAGCAUAACUGGUACUAUAUCAGUGCAUCACGACACAAGACCCUAAGGUCCUUUAGGCUCCUCUGUUGUGCAUCAGUUCUCUCUGAGGUUAGUACUGACCCAAAGAAAGCCAAAAAUAUUCUAGAGUUGGAACAGGAUGUGAUUUACCGCUGAUAUUCCUUGCAGUGAUUUAGUACUAUUGUGGGUAAUUUAAUACUGUACACAGUGACAACAGCUGCUGCCUAGAUCCAUUAGUGUUUAGCCAAACUGUGUGCAAAUUUACCUGGAGUAUGAAAAGAAAGACACGCAUAGACAAGCAGAGCUUUUUCAGUGUAAUUUCUAAAAAUGGGGUUGAAGACAUUGACUUCAUAUCCACAGCAUCAAGUCCGACAUUUAGAGAAUCUGUUGAAAACUACAACAAGGGUAUGACAUAGGUAAUGGCAGAAAGUGAGGUUCCCUGUAUUUUUUGUUGCUAGGACAGUGAUUAAACGUGUUUUAUUUACUGCUUCCCUGUUUCAGGAUAGGGUUUUUUUGUGCCAGCUGCACUUUCUAAUGACACAGUUUGAAUUAUUAUGUAAGCAUAUUUCCGCUCCAAGUGUCAAAGGAUUGCAUUUUUAUUCACGAACAACAAAAACAGAAGUCUGUGAUUGUGUUGGUCUCUCUUUCUCUGUUAUGUACUCUCCUUUUGAUUGUCUUUUUUCCGGGCUCAGUCAGUUUCCCUCUCACUCUUUGCUUUACCCUCCUAUGCCACCUGUUGUUGUUGAGACUACUGCUGUGCGUAUCUUGUCAGGUGUUAGAUAUUAUUUAUGACCUUGUCUUGUGUCCCAACUGUGAAACGCCUGAUAAAACAUCUAUAUCUGCCACAAAU